GCUGGAGCAGCACUAGUAACUGAUACGUUUUGAAAAAAACAUGUUUUCUCAUGAUAGUAUCCCUUUAAGGACCACUCUUUUUAUUAAUUUAUCAAUAUUUGUCUUACAAUUUUUUUACAAAUACUAGAUUUUACAGAUUAAUGGCAGCUCUGUUGUCUACUCUGAAGCAUAAGAAGGAAUUGAUUACCAGUGAGAUACAUCUUCUCAGCACAGUGACUGCACUGCAGAAAGUGGUAGAGACUCUGCUUCACUACCUUAGGCCAUAUCUGCAAGAUUCAGUUUUACAGGUUCGGUUUGCAGCAUUGCUGGCUCUGAUCGAUUUAGUUAAAAAGCUCAAAAUGAAUUACAUGGUCCUGCUGCCUAAAUCCAUCCCUUUCAUUGCAGAACUCAUGGAAGAACCUAAUGAGCUACAGCAGAACGAAUUACUGCAGAAGAAGGAUUUACUAAGUCAAAAUAUUGAGGAAUUGAAACUUACCUUUAGUGGCAGACCCACAAAUUUCAAAAGUAAAGAAAAUGAUUUGCCCCCUGAAGCACAAGAGAAAGCUUCCAAGGUCCAGGAAAUACAAGAAAAGAUGAAGAAGCUGAUUCAUACAGUAAAGGGCAAACACAGGAAAGAAAUACCAGUACCGGACACCAGGGAUGCCUCAGCUGCACCUGUAACAGACUCACCUGGAUUACUACAAAAGGGCAAAGACCAUUUGCGACAAAUUGCUGAGAAAGGAGCUUCUGCAAAGAAGAAAAUAACCGAUAUGAUGAGUGAUAUCAAUAACAGCAAGGAUUCUGCAAAGAAGAAAAUAACAGAUCUGGUGAACAGCAAAGGAGAUGCUGCAAAGAAGAAAGUAUCAGAUAUGAUAGAUGAUCUCAAGAACACCAAAGAUUCUGCAAAGAAGAAAUUAACAGAUAUUCUGAGUGAUCUCAAGAACAGCAAGGAUUCCAAGGUCCAGGAAAUAAAAGAUACGAUGGAGGAGUUGCUUGAUGCCAUGAAAGAGAAAUACAGGAAAGGAAGUUUUCAACUAAAUACAGACGAACCAGUAGAAGAUAUGCUGAAAGAAGCAUUUGAAAAUCUGGAAAAACUAAGAAAAAUAAGCACAACAAUCAUCUGCGUACUUAGCCUGAUUUGUGUUGGAAUUCUCGUGUGUGUUGCUGUAUACAGAACUUGUCACCGAAGAACUGAAAAGGAUAAAGUAAGCCAAAUGGAGCAAGGCACUUCAUAAGUUCAACUGGUCCUACUUCGGUGAAUCUAGAAUACAGAUCAGGAGAGAGUUAUUUCAGGGAAUGGAGCUGCCUGAUAUCUUCAAGACAAAUCUUCCAAGGCAUAUUUAGAAACACGCAAGCUAUAGAGCAAUAAAUAUAAGCAACAUAAAAAUAUAUGCAGGUGCAUGUAAAUUUGUCAUACAAUAAAAAUCCAUAAAACUACUCUUGUGUGAAGCUUCAUUAUUAAUCUGGCAAUAGAAAAAAAAACUGGGUUUGGUAGGACCAUGUAAAUUUUGAAGGAAAGGUUAUUAUAAAGGAUAAAAGUGCUCCUCGUGAUGAACAUACUGUGCAGAUUUUGGAUGUGGAAGUGUAGUGUGAAAAUGAUAGGUUACACUAUUCCCUGUACCAGAAGACCACAGACAGGAAUACU